GUUGAACGGGUGUUGGCUUUGUGGGUGGAACGGGGGGUUAUUAAUACUGACGAGAAGAAAGAGUUUUGCUUCUUCUGCCGCCUGUCGCAGCAGCAGCUGCAGCAAGCCCUAAACCCUCCUCGUUCAGAUGCAGAGCGGCGACAGGGUGGUUAUGGAGAUAUGGACGACAGCGGAUUGACUCCGGAGCCGGCGCGGGGGUUUGAUAGAAGGCCGGAAGAAUUAGGGUUUACGCCUGAGACGGUUUCUGUUGGGGUGAUGGCGACGAUGCUUCGCAGUAUUAUUAAACGCACCCGCCAUAUGCACGCGGCGUUCGUUCCUUAUCGGCCGCUGGACCCUCUAGCGACGCCCCAAACCACUCCACCUGUGGAGCCUCCUUCAGAAUAUUUGUUAGAUCGUCUCCAGGACUUCUACGAGGAUUUGGACCAUAUAGAGGAAAACUUCAGGCGCAAAAUGGAGAAGGCUAGCCGUCGUCGUUCUGUGUCUCCGUCUCUAAGCGGCAGCAUCAGCAGCGACAGCGUGCACAGCAGAAGCAGAUCCAGCAGCGCUAGUCUUGAGAGAAAGCUUGAAGCAAGGGAGAAAGACCGUCGGCAGGUGUCUCCUGAGCGCGGGGGUUCAAAGGGUGAUAAAAUUAAAUUUAGCAACAACUGGAUUGCUGCAGAGAUGGGGCUUGCAGACGAUGGGACCUUUGCUGCUCUGUCGGGAAAAGCAGCAGCGCCGACCCCGCAGCAGCAGCAGCAGCAGCAGCAGCAGCAGCACGAUAAGCAGCAAUCCACGUACCAGCAGCAGCAGCCACAGCGCCACAAGCAGCAUCACCAUAAUCAGCAGCAACAGCAACAGCAGCAGCAGCAGCAGCAGCAGCAGCAGGAGGCGUGUGUUUAUGCUGCAGGCCCCCGUACAAGCAUGCGUUUGGGGCUGGGAGCAACAGCAGAGCCGCGGAAGCAGCAGCAGCAAAUUGACUUUUCAGAUCCCUAUGAAAGAUUUCGUCACCAACGCGCAGGCCGCUACCACGAGGUCAUGGCAGCACACAAAGCGGAGAGAAGAGAGAUGGGGAGGCAGCAAGACCGAAACUGCUACCUUUGCGGCAAGUCUGCAGCAGCUGCAGCAGCUGCUGCUGAGCACGACCGUUUGCAAGUGGUCCAGGUGUCUGUACACCGCAGCUCUGCCCCCACACAUCUCAAAUCAGCAGCAGCAGCACCAGCAGCAGCAGAAGGCCUUAAAACCCUUCACCUUCGUAUGGGCUCCAGCAGGUGUAAACGCCCAGCCGACAGCAGCAGCAGCAGCAGCAGCAGCAACCGCCUAGCAGCGGGAGCGAGUGUAGCUGCAGCACAAGCAGCAGCAAUAACAGCAGCAGCAGCAGCAGCAGGAUCACGAGCAGCAGACACAGCAGCAGCAGCAGCAGGAUCGAAGCUAUCUAGCCUCUUCAACAACAGAAGCAGCAAGCCUUCUGUAAGCUCAACCCCGAUAAGAAGCAGCAGCAGCAAGUACAGCAACAGCAACAUAAGCAGCAGCAACAACGACGGCAGCAGCAGUAUCAGCAGGGGCAGCAACAGCAGCAACAGCAGCAGCAGCAGCGGCAGCAGGGACAGCAGCUGCAAAAGCAGCAGCACCAAUAGCAGCAGCAGCCAUAUCCGCAGCAACAAGAGCAGUCGCAGCAGCAACGGCAGCAGCCAGAUCAGCGGCCAAAGCUGCAGGAGGAGCAGCAGCAAGAGCAGCACGAGGGGGAGCAGCAGCCGCAACAACAGCAACAGCAAGCGCAGCAGCAGCACGAUCAGCAGCAGCCGCUGCAGCAACAGCCGCAGCAGCAGUAGCAGCAGCCGCAAGAGCAGCAGCAACAGCAGCAGCAACAGCAGCAGCAGCAAGAGCUGCCGCUGCGGCAGCAGCAGCAGCACUAGCAGUAGAAGAAACAGCCACAAGAAAAGCAGAAUCAGCAAGGGCAGCAGCAGCAACAGCAGCAGGAGCAACAAGCGCAGCAGGAGCAACAAGACCAGCAGCAUUAGCAGCAACAGCAGCAUUAGCAUCAGCAGCUGCAAGAGCAGCAGCAUCAGCAGCUGCACGAGCAGCAUUAGCAGCACCAGCAGCAGCAAGAUCAGCAGCUGCAAGAGCAGCAACAGCAUCAGCAGCUGCAAGAGCAGCAGAAACAACAACAACAACAACAGCAGCAGCAGCAGCAGCAGCAGGAGGCGGAGAUACUUUAUAUUAAGAAGAGGACGCUCGUCUGUAUUUCCGGUGUAUAUUAUCAAUGUGUCGUACGAUGGCUAUACAUUUAUGCUGUAUAAGGACUUCGAGGACAGGGCAGGGGUAACAGCAGCGCUGCAGACGGGUUGUUAUGUGGAUUCACGCGGCGUGGAAGUGCAGCUGCUGCUGCUGAUGCCUCUUUCUGUUACAGACCUCGCUCCUCUAGGAAGAGCAGACGUCACUCAUGUUGCUGCAGGGUUUAGAAGGGCCCUGCUCGAUGCUUCUCCUUUUGCUGCUCUCUUACGGAGCUGUUCGUACACCAAGAAAAUGAAUUUAGCUGAUGACGCAGCGCAGUGGACAGGCUGGCAGCUGUGGGUGCGAAACGAAGAGGCCAACAUCAUCGCCAUCGUCCUGAGACGAAUGUACACCCCACCAACUAUGGACGGAUGUCAGGAUAUGAUUUUGACUUACAAAAUAUCACACGAGGACCAAAAGGAGUUUCACCUGAAAGAAGAUGACUUGUUGCGGGAGGCGGAGUUCAUAGCAGAUUCUAUUUCUUCAGAAAGUUUGUGCAGCUGCGCAACCCGCGAUAUACUGCAAGCAAAGAUAGAUGCUCUCUUGCUGCAUGAUGAAGCUUAUCAUUGGCUCUAUAUGAACUGCAGACUAACCGGAACGGCAUUUUUCGCUCCUCAACUCUAA